GUCGCAGUCGAGAUUCUGGACCAACACACAGUGUUUCAUCUGAAGGUGUGUCGAUUGAAAAACCGCAAGUGUUUCACUGGGGCACAAAAUGAUCCGAAAAACUUCUCUGGCGGGGUAAAAACUGUAACAGUUCGACACGAGUGAGUUUGACCGUUAAAAAUGUGAUUUUUGGUCUAAAGUUUUUCGUUCGAUGGAGCAUGGAGCAGCAACUUCUAAAUAAAACAGUAACACAAAAUAGUUUUAAUUUGCAAAGUUUUAACGCAACUUUAACGAGAAAUGAGGUAACCACCAUACCGAGUGUUGGCAAUGUAACGCAAAAGUCAAUUAAAGAGUUAAUCUACAAUGGGACAGGAUUUUUUAUUGAGGAUGAAGGGGACACCUCUGGAAGCUUAAAUGAUAUACAAACACUUUUUUUGGCAUGUUUCGCCACUUUAUUACCUUUGGUUUUAAUUUUACUCGCCGCUUUUGGUAUAAGAAUACUGUGGACGAAAUAUAAGCGACGCAAAGAGAACGCUCAGUAUGAUGGAAUACUUCCAAGGGAUCAAACCAGCGAUUCGAUCAACAGACCUCUGCAUUCGCAUUUGCUUAACGACAAGGAAUGCGGUGAAACAGUUUUACCCAUAAGUAAUGAUGAAGUGGAAAUUUGUGAAAAUGUACCCUAUAGAAGUAACAACCACUCCAACACCAAUGGCAGCAUUAUCACAAUGACCUUGAAAAACAACCAUUUGAUUGUGGAAACAGAGGAGAGAAAUGAUAUCGAAGAAGACAGUAGGGAGACUACCAUGAAGUACUCUCCGAGCGCUAAAGAUGGAGUCUUCGUCGUUGAAGUCCAGCAAGGGGUCCGCCGAAGUCCAUCAUCGACAAAAAACGAAGUCUCAACGUUGAGCGCCUUGGUGCACAGUCCUCCGGAAAGAUUCUCGGAAAGCAACUCAAGUCCAAAACUGACAAAAACUGGACUUGCAACCAGCGAUUCCAGCCUCAGCGGCAACAGGCAGUCGUACUGUUACACGAAUCAAGAGUGCUAUCAAAGCGGUAAUUACGGUUACACCAAUUACGUGUACGAGGAGUCCAAAGUGAGGCCUCUAGAUGACGACACGAAGCCCAAAAUAACGGCGGCCGUCUACAAGAAAAAUUUUUCCGACAGGAUGAACAGCGAAGCUUCUAUGGACUUUGAUAACAAGCCGUACGAGGUGGAAAUUUUCGAUGAAAGAAAUUAAUUAGGGGUGUUAUUGUAAAUAUAAACUGUAAUAUGUUGUUAUAUUUUAUGAUGAUUUUUUGGAGGUAUGUUUAUGUACACAAAAUUUCGUUAAAAUCGCAUCAAAAUCGCCAAAGAUAGAAUUUUGACAUUUUGGCGCCCACCUUUUUUUUUUGAAAAAUCGCCAUAACUUCAACAAUUUUGACGCGAUUAUCACGAAAUUUUGAGGGUAUACUAAACAAAACACGCUCUUUCAAAAAAUCUUGACAGUUUUUGUGUAAAACAAAACGCAAUCGAAUUCGACCGGUUCGAUUUCUCUCUUGUAUGUGUAUUUAUUUUCUUGCGUACUCAUAGGGCCUUCAUAGUGUGUGUAUAGCCAAAAAUAUUUGGCAGGUCAUAAAACCAGUUUUCGUUGCAGCACGCAAGUUUAAAGACCUUUAGGUCAUUGAAACUAGCCGAAAAUUUCUUCGCACGAAAUUGUUUUGAACGGACCCCCAAAAAAUUCACUACUAUAGAGAUAAAAUAGCAAUCUUGGAGGGAUUUUUUUUGGAGUUAACAUUCAACUUAAAAAUCUCGCUUUCGGUGUACAAAAUAGCAUUAAAUGAUAUUAAAAAUUGUACAUAGACCUUAAAAGCACUCAUUAAUGCAUUUCUUUGCACAAAAUAACUCUAAAAUAGGGAAAAUUAAAGUAAGGGAAAAUUUUAUUGUAUUUUUGUAUAUUUUUGUUUGUUUCUUUGUUACUAUAGUGGAGCAAAGCAAUAAUAUUAAUAAUAUGUUUUAUCCCCUGUAUAUUUUACAAAAAGUGAGAUGGUAUUAUUAAUUCCUAAAUAAUAUUUGUUUAAUAUACUACCGUCCGUUAAAAAAUACUCAAUGCUCUUUGUUAUACGGGGUGUAAGAAAAUGAUGGGCGAAAAGUUGCUGUUUAUUUUCAAAAGCCCUGUAUUGUUGAUGAUUUUAAAUUAUAAAACAAACAACUUUAAAUUUUGUUGAUUAUAUUAUAAGUACGUAUAGGUAUAAGUAAGGGAUGAAAUUUUAACUUUUAACAACGAUCGAUGGUUUAAUAAUUUUUAAUCAAAAAGGUGCCAAAUAUUCAUUAGAGUUAAAAAAUUUUAACAUUUUGUAGGAAAGAAAUAAUUUCUUUAUCAUUAUUAAUUAAUAGACAACUCGUGAUAAAUUUUAUAAAAAUAACAAAAAGCAUAGGUUUAAAGAUAUAUCUAUAGAUUAUUGUGAAACCAAAUAAAC